ACAAACAUUCUGUAAUAUUGUCCAGCUCUUCACGUUUAACUAUGGCACCUUUCUACGCUGUGAAAUCAGAUAACGUUUUAAAGAGAGUUGAAGAACUCCAAGCCGUGGGUGAAAAUGAAGCUGCUUUACAAGCUCUUCAUGAUGUCAUUCUCUCUAAGCGUUCCCGUAGCAAUCCCAUCACAGUUAUGGAACCUAUUAUGCUCAAGUACGUCGAACUUUGUGUCGAAUUGAAGAAGGGCAAAAUGGUUAAAGAAGGCUUGCAUCAAUACCGUAACAUUGCGCAGAAUACCAGUGUCAACUCUAUUGAGAUCAUCAUCAACAAAAUGCUCACCCUUGCUGAAGAGAAAGUUGCUGAAGCUCGCGAAAAAGCCGAUAAAAUUGCAGUUGAUGUUGACGAUUUAGAAGCGUCAGAAACACCAGAAUCAGUUAUGCUCAGUACUGUCUCUGGUGAUCAAAACAAAGAUAGACGUGAUCGUUUAAUUAUUACACCUUGGUUGAAAUUCUUAUGGGAAGCCUAUCGUACAGUUCUUGAUAUUAUGAGAAACAACUCACGUUUAGAAUCACUUUAUAAUGCCGUCACUAUGAAAGCCUUCAACUUUUGUUUGAUUUACGACCGUAAGACAGAAUUUAGACGCCUUUGCGAAAUUCUUCGCAAUCACUUUGUGAACGUCGCCAAGUACUCUCAUCAACCCCACGCUGUCAACUUGAACGACCCUGAAACUCUUCAAGCUUAUUUGGAGGCUCGUUUUGCUCAACUUAAUGCAGCUGUAGAACUUGAACUUUGGCAGGAAGCUUUUAAAUCUGUCGAGGAUAUUCACACCUUAUUGACCACCUCAAAGAGACCUCCCAAGCCUGUUAUGAUGGCCAAUUAUUACGAAAAGCUUACCAAAAUUUUCAUGGUCUCAGAAGACUAUCUUUUCCACUCAGCUGCUUGGAACAGAUACGCCACUAUUGAACGUGCCAUCAAUAAGAGCAUGACUGACGAAGAGCAAUCUCGUAUGGCUUCAAUUGUUUUAUUAUCCGCUCUCGCCAUUCCUAUCAUCACUACCACCAAAACACGCCCAGGUUAUGUCGAAGCUGAUGAAUAUCGCGUUCAAAAAUUGAACCGCCUUUCUAUGUUGAUGGGUUUGACGACUCAGCCUACGCGUACUGGUCUGUUGAAGGAAGCCUUGAAUAAGAAUAUCCUUUCUCGUGUUCGCCCUGAAAUCCGCGAUCUCUACAACAUUCUCGAAGUUCAAUUCCAUCCUUUGUCUAUUUGCAAGAAAAUUAACCCUAUCUUGUCCAAGAUUUCCGAAGAUUCUGAUUUGGCCAAAUACGUUCGCCCUCUUCAUCAAGUCAUUUUGACUCGUCUCUUACAACAACUUUCUCAAGUGUAUACCACUGUUAAGCUUGACUUCGUUUUGAACUUGGCUUCUUUCCCUGCCCCUUUCAACUAUGAUGCUGCCACUAUUGAGAAGUUUAUUAUGAACGGUUGCAAACGUGGUGAAUUGAACAUUCGUAUCGAUCAUGCUUCACAAAGCUUAAGCUUCGAAACUGAUUUGUUUGCUCCUCCUAAGGAUACAGUUGCUGAAGGUAUUCAAUUGCAAUCUUCCCCUGCUGAUUUGAUGCGUACUCAACUCUCUCGUCUUGGUGUGAGCUUACAUGCUGUUGUGCAAAUGAUUGAUCCUGAUGUCAAGGCUAAUGCUCAGAAGGAAAAGCAAGAAGCUGUCCAACGUGCUUUAGCUGGUGCUGAAGAGGAGCAUAAGCAAGCUCUCGCCAGAAAGGUGACUAUUGAACGCCGUAAGGAAGUUAUUGAGUCUGAAAUAGCUCGUAAAGAGAAAUUGGCUGCUCAACAAAAGGCUGCUGCCGCUGCUAAGAAGGCUGAAGCUGAAAGAAAACGUCAAGAAGAAGAGAUGAAGCGUCGUGAAGAAGAACGUUUGAAACGUAUUCAAGAAGAAAUUCAACGCGAUCAAGCUAAGCGUAUCGCUGAAGAAAUCAGUAAUAAGACCGGUUUGGAAUUGAAGCCUGAAGAAAUCGAACAAUCUGAUGUCAAGACUUUGUUAGAUAUCAAGGUGUCUCGUCUCCAAACUGAACAGAAGGAAUUAAGCGAUCGUCUUAAGCAAAUCUCUAAGCGUCUCGACCAUAGUGAACGUGCUUAUAGAAAAGAAGAAAUUCCCUUGUUGGAGAAGGAUUAUGAACAUCAACAAAAGACUGAUAAGGCAUUCUAUGACGCUCAACGCAAGGCUCGUCUUACAGCUGCUAAAUCUCAACAUGAAGAAGAUAUGAAGUUAAAGGAACGCUUCGGCCGUAUAUUGAAUGAUUAUAAGGAAUUCAAAGCCAAGAUCGAACAGCGUCAUCAAAAGAAAAUGGAAGCAUUACGAAAGGAAGCUGAAGAAGCUAUUGAAAAGGAGAAACAAGAGAGAAUUGCUAUGUGGCGUGAAAAGAAGGCUGCAUUGGAGAAGCAACGUGCUGAAGAAGAAGCGGAAAGAAAACGCCUUGAAGAAGAAGAACGUGAACGCGCUGAAGCCGCUGAACGUGAGCGUCAAGAAAAGGAAGCUCUCCUUGCUAAGAAGAGAGAAGAAGAAGCGGAGAGACAAAAGAAAUUGGAAGAAGCUGCCAGAAUUCAGAGAGAGCGUGAUGAGGCAAUUGAGCGUAAACUGCAAGAACAACGAGCCAAGCCUGCCGCCCCUGCCGCCCCUGCCCCCUCUGCUGGUAAAUACACGCCUCCCGCUCGUCGUACGUUGGAUCGUGAACCUUCUAGUGGUGGUUGGAGAAGUCGCUCAAAUACACCUUCUACUCGUACUCGCGCUGAUGAAGCUGAUUCAUGGCAUACUGCUGGAGGUAUCCGUCGUACCGCUGGUAGUCGUUUCGGUGGAGAUCGCUUUGGCGAUGAUCGUGCUGGUGGAGAUCGUGCCGGUGGAGAUCGUGAUAGAAGCUCGGGUAGCUUUGGACCUCGUCGUGACGGUAAUGAUGGAGCUGGUCGCGAGGAUCGCGAACGUGAUAGUGGCUUUGCCAAUCGUCGUCGUCCUGGUGCUGCUGCAGGUUCUAAAGAUAUUAACAGAAGAUGGUAAAUCUCUGUUAUACAUUGGUAAUUUUUAUGUGCUUUCGUAAAUGGCAAUUUCCUGUUUGUACACAAUCCAUCAAAAAUUGUUGUUAAUGUUUACGAAUAUUAUGAACGAAGAACAAUCUUAAUAAAAGCUAGUAUUU